UAGGUAACUCACAAAACUCCUCUCCAGCAGCUCAGGCUCUCCUGGGGUUAACUCUUGCUGUGGGGCUGGGAUGAGGAAAAACAGAUCUUCCCAAGCUGCAGCUGCAAUUGACAUUUUUCUUCACUCCACACCUGAACUCCUGCUCCCUGGAAGAGAAACCUGAAUAAAGACAGCUGUGGCGACAGAGAAGCAUUCUUCUUGGUAGUGGCCGCUUCUGACUUCAGAUUUGUGGGCACUGAGCUAGAAAGGAGUGCAGAGAGAGAGGACUCGGAGGUAAACGACACUGGGAAAUGGGAAAUUCAGGGAAGAAAGGACCUGCCUUUCUUCCUCUUAAAAAAGUGUCCUUUGCAAGGUUCAUCUUUUCAUCUGGACUGCCCACAGAACGAUUGGAAGAAUCUUUGCAGACCCACCAGAGAUCCCUGGAUUCCACUUGGAGAACCAUUGAUCUAAAAACAUCUUGAUUUCAGAACCCUUCUUUUCAUCUGGAAUUAUCUAUCAUUGACCGCAGAGAGCUGCUUCUGACGACUCCUGGGACAGGGCCCUGUGUAGUGAGAGAUAUCCCAGGAUGGAUGUCACCCGCCUCUUCCUAGCUACCCUGCUGGUCUGCCUGUGCUUCCUCAAUGCCUACAGCCACCUAGCACCUGAGGAAAAGCCCAGGGAUGAAGGGAGCCUGAGAAGCAACUCCUCCAAGAACCUGUUAGAUUUCCCUUCUGUCUCUAUUGUGGCACUGAACAAGAAAUCCAAGAUCAGCAGAAAAGAAGCGGAAAAGAAGAAAAGCUCUUCCAAGAAAAAGGCUCCGACGAAGAAGGUGGCGCGGCCCCGGCCCCCGCUGCCCACUCCCUGCGUGGCCACCCGCGACAGUUGCAAGCCUCCCGCUCCCGCCUGCUGUGACCCGUGUGCCUUCUGCCAGUGCCGCUUCUUCCGCAGCGUCUGCUCCUGCCGCGUGCUCAGCCCCACCUGUUGAGCGCUUCCACCUCAGGGUGGCGGGCGGGAUGGGGCAGGGAUUCCAGGGUUGGGGAUCCCCGGGCCCUGAGGCCCUUCUGGGGCGGGCGAUCUCUAGUAGGUGUAGCUUGCAGGGACAGGGCGUGGGCGUGGCUACUGGCGUUGGGGAGGAACUUUCAGGAGGAGGGGUUUCAAGGAGACGUGGCUUGGGCUGGGCUAAAAUCCAAAUAUAUGCAGGCUGCUUGAA